UCAUUUGUUUACUUACAGCCCCAGCACGCGGUUGACUCUCUGUAUAGCCGGUGAAUAUUCAUAUACAAAUACAUACAAACUCGUAGCGGUGCGUCUCAAAAUGUUGCAAGCUGUAAAAAAAUAUUCAAGUUUAUACAAAAUUGCAUUUAUUUGCGGCUUAAUUGCAGUGAGUUGUGUGAAUGAGGUCAAAAGUGUCGAGUUCUAUACUGAAAAGCCUGCCUUCCUGCCUUCAUGCAAAAUCUAUCAACCGGGUUUCACCAAAUGCUCUACAAAUACCGUACAGAAACUGAUUGAUCAGCUGGUAAUUGGUAUUCCUGAAGUGGUGGAAGAGUUUGGUCCUUUCGAUCCGAUGCAUGUGCAUGAUAUAUUCUUCAAGCAGGACAACAAUGAUGUGGCUACGGUACGCGCCAACUUAAGCGAAGUUUUCGUGAAGGGUUUCUCGAAGACAAUCAUUAAGGAGAGCAGAGUUAGUAAGAAGGACUUCAGCUGGGUUACCAAAAUUUUUCUACCCAAAAUGCGAUUGGAUGCCAUGUAUAAAAUGGAAGGACGAAUUUUAUUGAUACCCUUAAAAGGCGCCGGCAAAAUGUUCAUAGAAAUUGAUAAUCUCGACAUUAUACUCUAUACGAAGACCCGCCUAUUCGAGAAAGCUGGCUUCACUUUCGACAAUGUCACUGCAGUACGUGUGGACUUGAAUAUGACACGCGUGCGCACUAAUUUCGAAAAUAUUUUCAAUGGACACAGCAAAGAGGUGGAGCGUAGCACAAAUGAAUUUUUCAAUGAGAAUUGGCGAGAUUUCUAUGAAGCACUCAAACCGAUUAUUAUCGAAACAGUGGAGACUAUACUUUACGAUAUCAUGCACAAGGUGUUCAUUUUGAUACCUGCUAAUUUCUUUGUUGAGGACAUACCCACCUCGGCACAAUUAUAUGGCUCAACUAAUAGCACAAUUAAGCAUUUAAUCACUGAGCAGAAAUAGAAAUGGAAUUGAGAUAAUAAAACGUGUAUUUUUUACCAUUGUUUUUAUGAUUUA